CUCGUACGCAGUAGAACCAAGGAUAGCCCUUCACUCACCACUCACGCUUCUAGUACAUUCUGGACCUCUCCCCCUUGCUCUGCUCGGCGACAACAACAACAAUAUCAACUUUUUCAAAGAGACACAGGAGAGACUGAUCGCCACCUAAUCCUCCUUCUUACCUCCCCUCUCUCCGACCCGAGUCCUCCCUCGCGCGCGAUCCAUCUCUAAAACCACCCAACGACAACCACCCCAAGCGAGAGAGACCGACGCCACAAUGUCGACCGCAGUCGUGUCCGCCGACGACGCGCUCGAGCCGAGCCUGCAGUCCAUCCUGGACCAGAAGUCGCUGCGCUGGAUCUUUGUCGGCGGCAAGGGUGGCGUGGGCAAGACGACGACGUCGUGCUCCCUGGCGAUCCAGCUGGCCAAGGUGCGCCGCUCGGUGCUCCUCAUCUCGACCGACCCGGCGCACAACCUGUCGGACGCCUUCUCGCAGAAGUUUGGCAAGGACGCGCGGCUCAUCGACGGCUACACGAACCUUAGCGCCAUGGAGAUUGACCCGAACGGCUCGAUCCAGGACCUGCUCGCGGGCCAGGGCGGCGGCGACGACGGCUCCCCUGGCGGCGACGGCCCGGCGGGGGGCAUGGGCGGGAUGAUGCAGGACCUGGCGUUUGCGAUCCCGGGCAUCGACGAGGCCAUGUCGUUCGCCGAGGUGCUCAAGCAGGUCAAGUCGCUCUCGUACGAGGUCAUUGUGUUCGACACGGCGCCGACGGGCCACACGCUGCGCUUCCUGCAGUUCCCCUCGGUGCUGGAAAAGGCCCUCGCAAAAGUCUCGCAGCUCUCGUCCCAGUACGGCCCCCUGCUCAACGGCUUCCUCGGCUCGAGCGGGCAGCUGCCCAACGGGCAGAACCUCAACGACAUGAUGGCCAAGCUCGAGGAGCUGCGCGCCACCAUCUCCGAGGUCAACGCGCAGUUCAAGGACGAGAACCUGACGACCUUUGUGUGCGUGUGCAUCGCAGAGUUCCUCUCGCUGUACGAGACGGAGCGCAUGAUCCAGGAGCUCGCGUCGUACAGCAUCGACACGCACUGCAUCGUCGUCAACCAGCUCCUCUUCCCCAAGGAAGGCAGCAACUGCGAGCAGUGCGGCGCCCGCAGGAAGAUGCAGAAAAAGUACCUCGACCAGAUCGAGGAGCUGUACGACGAGUUCAACGUCGUCAGGAUGCCCCUGCUCGUCGAGGAGGUCCGCGGCAGGGACAGGCUCGAGAAGUUCAGCGAGAUGCUCAUCCACCCUUUUGUGCCGCCCCAGUAAGUUAUUAAGAAUGCGGGCUGGGGGGGGGCGCCUCUUGUUGUUGUUUUUGGGUUUGGCGAUAGGGGAGCAUGGAGUUCUUUGGGUUG